AUGGACGACAAAACUGUGCGACCACGGCCAGAUGCGCCGCGGCGAACGACGCAUCCUGCCACGCCUGUGAAGAAGCCGCCUGUGCUUGCAGCUGCUGUAAACAGCGACAUUUCUUCUCCGCUCAACAACACCCACAGCAGCAGCGCCGCCAGUCCCAGCGGCAGCGGCAGCGGCAGCUACAGCUCAAACAGCCUGCCCCUGCGACCGCGAAACCAGUCUCCCUAUACAAGGCCCCAUCUGCGCUCCAGAUCCCACGCCUCUGUGCUCGCUCCUCCCAUGGCGCCGCGUGCACAUUCGCUGCCCUCGGUGCACUCGGCCGGCCACCAAUAUAACUCUUCCCCCUCGGCGUCGCCCUUGCUGCGCCCGUCGAGCCCAAUGUCUUCGUUGUCCCCACGACACCCAUACUCGCCAAACAUGCGACCGACCUCACCCUUCCGCCCUCGCUCUCCACUGCCACUAGACGAGUCGACCUAUACACAACAAUCCAUUUCCUACGACGGAGCUUUUCAAAGCAUUUCCGAGGAUGCCGAGCUCAACAUAACCCCACGAUCUCAUCUCGACAACCCAUCACAAGCAGCUCCAUUCGGACGCUCGCUGUCUUUGCGUCGACAACGACCUUCGUCCCCCCUACACUCGCUUACCCCUUCAGCUGCCACGUCCCGCUCAGCUUCAGCUACUUCUUCACCCUCGGUCGCUUCAGCUCGCUUUAACGAGAACUUUCCAUCACUGCAUCACUAUGCCAGCAACUCUUCCUUCUCGAGCAUCUCAACCACACCAUCUUCCGCUCGCUCCCGAUCUCCUAGCAUCUCAUCCCUCGAAACCAUCGAAGACAACCCAGAUCUAGAAUGGGAAGCUAUCGAGGCUGACCGAGCAGCUAAGCAGCGUGCAGCAAUAGAGGAAGAGGAGGAGGAGGAGGAAGAGAACGACGACACAGAGCCCCGAAGAAGGGGCAGUCUAGACAUUCCAGGCCACCGAAGUGUUGGCUUCGGCUUUGGCAGACGAGGCGGAGAUUCUGGCCGCAAGAGAUGGAGCAUCUGCGGUGGUGAGCGAACGGUCGAUCUAGACCUCGAGACCAUCUGGGAGGAUUGA